UUACUAUACUAGGCCUAUUGUCUUGUGUCCGUGGAUUUGAACUCAAAGUGAAGUGUUUUAACAUUUUAGGACUUGUAAAUACGUAAUAUUAUUUAAUUUUGAUUAGAAUAACAACUUAUCCGUCAUAUCAUCCCAUCAGUUCGUCAUUGCCAACAGUAAAAUCCGAUUGUUCAGUUUACUUACUAAGAAGCUAUUCAUAGUGAAUAAGAGGUUAACUUAAGUGAUUUGAGUGUGUCAAAUUAGUUAUCAGUUUUCUAGUCAGUUAAGUUUAACACAGUUAAUUAGUUACACUUUGGUCAAUUAUUUAAUGUUAACGUGGUGAAGUUGCAUUGGUAAGGAACAAGAAGAGGCAAACAAUGCUUAGUCCACAUUCAAUUUUUUUAAUGUUGUUUAUCAUCCCUGCAAUUGAGCCUGGAACAGUUCACCCAGUUAUUUUUAUUCCAGGGGACGGAGGAAGCCAAGUUGAUGCUAAGCUUAAUAAACCCGAAGUCGUUCAUUAUAUAUGCACCAAGACUACAAAAGAUUUCUUUAACAUUUGGCUCAAUAUGGAGUUGCUGGUGCCAAUUGUAAUGGAUUGUUGGGUUGACAAUAUGAGGUUGGUGUAUGACAAUGCCACUCGCACCACCUCCAAUGCCCCUGGUGUGGAGUUGAGGAUUCCGGGAUGGGGCGACCCCUUUGUGGUGGAGUGGCUUGAUCCAACCAAGGCCUCAUCUGGAAGCUACUUUAAAGACAUAGGCAACGCUCUCACUAGCCUCGGUUGGGAGAGGAAUGUCAGCAUCAGGGGAGCCCCUUACGACUUCCGCAAAGCUCCUAAUGAGAACCAAGAGUUCUUUGUGAAGCUUAAGGCUCUAGUAGAAGAGACAUACAAGACUAACAACAACACUCCAGUCGUCUUGUUAGCACACAGCAUGGGUGGCCCGAUGUCACUGUAUUUUCUACACCAACAGUCGCAAAAGUGGAAGGAUCAGUACAUUAGGGCGAUGAUCACUCUGUCAGGAGCCUGGGGAGGAUCUGUUAAGGCGAUCAAGGUCUACGCUGUCGGAGAUGAUCUUGGUGUGUACGUUCUACGUCAGAGUGUUUUACGCAACAUGCAGAUUACUGCCCCAUCAUUGGCCUGGCUCUUACCUUCUUCUCUAUUUUGGAAACCUAACGAAGUCCUCGUGGAAACCUAUGAGAGAAAUUACACUUGGAGUGACAUGAAAGACUUCUUCCAGGACAUAGAGUACGAGGUAGCCUGGGAGAUGUGGAAGGACGUUUAUAAGUUUACUCUGGACUUCACAGCUCCAGGGGUUGAGGUGCAUUGUCUCCACGGUUACAAUGUACAGACUGUUGAAAGACUUGUCUACAAAAAAGGAAAGUUCCCCGAGGGCAGUCCCAGUUUUGUGUUUGGUGACGGAGACGGAACAGUAAACAAGAGGAGCUUAGAAGGUUGUCUUCACUGGAAGGGCAACCAAAAGCAGCCGGUGUAUCACCAGACAUUCCCCAACAUGGAUCACAUGGAUGUGUUGAGCGAUGACAGGAUCAUAGAUUACAUUUCAAAACUGUUUGCUUUCAAGCUGUGAUGUUAACGCUAGUUUAUAUUUUGAUCUCUCUCCGUCGAACAAAUAAGUCACUGGGUUCAUAAAAGCCAGCUUUUGUUAGCUGUACAGUAGGUUUUAAGUGUUCUAAAAUCCAAAUACAAAAUACCAUUGAUUCUUGUUAGACCAAUACUGUUGGGCUGUUAAAUUGUGCAUAGUAAAUUUUAAUGAUCAUUUUUCCUGACAACCAAAUAUUAUGCUACUGAAUCACAAUAAUGAUUUUGUGACAAAAUUUACCAUAUUUUGGCAAACAUUGAUUGCAGUUUGUUGGAAAACCAGUUUGGUUGGACUAUCACACAUAAGGCAGUCCCACAUGUCCCACAUUUGUAGAAAGUGAAUGGUUUCCUAGCUGGUAAGGCAGAAGUUUCUUGUUCGAAGUCCAUUCCAAAAGUUAUGAGACGGUUUUGUCACAUUUUGUCGGGGUGUUAUUGAAUUUGUGUUUUCUCACAUUCCAAUUCUUAGUUUUAAGAGGUAAACCAAAAAAUAACCAUGUAGGCUAUGUUGUAUUAUUAAGACCAGCAGUUCUGCAUUCUGUUUCUUAAUUCUUAACUACUCAUUGAAUGAGCCAAAGAAAAUAAGUAGAACCAUAGAUAAAACAUACUCCCUUAGUAGAUUUCUCAUCCUUAUGGAACAGCUGAAGACAAUUUUAUUGUUAGUUCAUGUACGGUUUAUGUAGAGGUCGUGUUUUGUUUACAAUUUGUUUCCCGUUAUUACAGCCAUUUAAAACCUCGUUUAACCAAAUAAUACGAUCUAAUCAUAAACAAUAACUUGUCCCCUAGUUAUAUAACCAAACAGUAAAGCACAAAUCACGAAAUUAACCCUAAAAUAAUGGAAACAAAGUUUCAUCGACACUAGCGCCUUUGUGUCACGUACAUGAACUAGACACGAAAAACGUGCUUCAAAAUUUACAAUGGGAUGAGAAGUCUACUUGUGUUGGUUAGUCUAUGGUAGAACUUAUCACAUACAUGCAAGAGUGACAUGAUUUUUAAUUUGUACACUGUAAGAAAAACAUUAACUUAUUUAAUUGUAAAUAAAUCAAACCUAUUUGUGAAUACAUUUAUCAUUAUUUGAAACUGAUGCAUUAAGCUAUUUUAAAAUGAAUAUUAUAGAUUUUAAGAUUUCCUUAGGGUACCAAAUUAUUAUGUUAGGUUAAUAUGGUCAUUUUAUAGUAAUGUUAAAUUUAGUGAAAGUAAUUGAAUGUUUAGUUUGAGUUUUAUUACCUGGAAAUUUUACUUAAGUGUGUGACUUAUUUUUAAUCCUAAAGCAAGGGAGAUUAUUAUUUAUAAGUUAUGAUCAAAAUAUCUUUGUUGCUGUGCUGAACCACAGAGAACUAAGGAACAGAGACAACUUGCUUAUGGCACAACCACGCGAUUUCAGCUCUGGUAUGUUGGGACGGAAAUAUACUUGUGACAAGCUUGAAAGAGCCCGAACGCUGAGCACUGUGCGGAAAUUCCUGUUGCACAAGGUCUUCCUCCACCUUGAGUGUUGUAGAUUAUCACGAAUUGUGGAUAAUUUUAGGGAUGCACUGUGGAUGCGAUGCUCCCUGGUGUGGAUUAACGUCCGCACUAGUGAGUACUAUGACUACCCGCAGUACUAUCCUAAUAAUUAGACCAAUUCGUUAAUUAUGAGGAAAAAAUGUGGUUCGGAUUCCACAAUAAACUGUAGGUCCCUUAGUUGCCAUUAGCUGUAUGGGCUAUUAAUUAACAGCUGUGUCUAAGGAACAUGUCGGCCUUAGUCACUAACAAGACUACAAGAUCGCGCCACUCAUCCUACACUCAUCCUUCAUUCAUAUUUGGGUUAAAAUAUGCACAUAGUGGCGUCCCCAUCUUAAAUAAUUGAUAAUUUAUUGAUUGAUUGAUUGUAGUACAUGAGGGCGAGAGGGGAGGUGCAGGAUUUCACCCUAGACACCAGCAAAGUGCUAGGCACCAUUUAAGUGUACCAUCCUCUGUUCCUUAGUUCUCUGUGACUGUACAUAUAUAUUUAUUUAUGUAUAUAUUCGUAAGACAAACUUUACUUUGAAAUUGUUUUGAUAACUUGUCUUAAUUCCCCUGAUAUCACACAAUGAAUACAAACCCUUGAAGCGCAAUGCCUUUGUAAAAAAUUCUGUCUGGAAAUAUUUGAGUUUUUGAUGGUUCCCGCGGUGGUCGCUAGGUAGACUAUCGCGAGCACGCCGCCAAGUCAGCUGACUGAGUGAGAGAGAGUGAGACAAAGAGUCUGUUUAAAAAGAGAGAGAAAUAUAGUAGCAUGGCCGCCACGCGAGCGAUCGUAGCGGUGGCCGCACAAAGCUCAUUUUGGCGGCAAAAUUCCAGUCUGACUAUUCUCCAUAAGCAUUUUGCUUCUUAAAGGGUUUGUAUUCAUUGUAUCAUAUUAAUAUUUGACACACUGGUGUCAACACAUGGUGGGAAGAUUCAACAAAUUUAUAUACAAUACUUUUUCCAAAAUAGACCUCUAGUUAUUUGGAAACUCGGGUAUAUGGUUCCGCUAUCAUAUCAUUAUUCCAGUUAAUCAACAAUUUACUGUUAUGAUGUCGAUUCCAAUAAAUUUCAAUUCGUGUUUCUUUAGGUUGUUAUCACAUUUUGAUUAAAACAUAAAAUUUAGUGGCAUUCAAAACGAAGGGGCGUAAGUACAUUGGCUUAUCAAAUGUACUCGUGCCCCUUCCUCAUGCAAAUGUUUAAUUGUACUUCAUCAAAUACCAUUCAAUGUUUUUGGAUAUCAAACCUUAAGUACUAUUCAAACCCACAUUGUUUAUAACAGUAGUUUGAACUAUUUAAUAAAAAAACCAUUAGUAAUAGGCCUAUUUAUUAAGGAAAAUCAAAGCUGUAAUUUAUAUCAUUUUUAGUUUAUUGUCCUUUAAGCAAUAUCUUUAAUGGAAUUAUUUAUUUUAUUUACUUUAUAC